CUCUGCACAACCCAAGCAGACCAACUUUGGGACUUUGAAUGAACAUAUUUACAUCCACCUUUCUCUUCAUGUCGACUUUUCUGGAAACAUUCACACGGAUGCCAUGGUUACUCCUACCACGAUCUUACAGGUGAACAAGGUGAUGUCCAUCUUGUUUUAUGUGAUAUUUCUCGCUUAUCUUCGUGGCAUCCAAUCUACCAACAUGGAUCAAAGGAGUUUGCCAGAAGAUUCAAUAAAUUCUCUUAUUAUUAAACUUAUUCAGGCAGACAUUUUGAAAAACAAGUUUUCUAAGCAGAUGGUAGAUAUUAAGGAAAACUAUCAAAACACAGUGCAGAAAGCAGACACUCAGCAAGACAUGGAUGGAGACGAAAAUGUGAAAUCAGACUUCCAGCCAGUUAUCUCAAUGGAUACAGACCUCUUAAGGCAGCAGAGACGCUACAACUCUCCCCGAGUCCUCUUGAGUGACAACACACCGCUGGAACCACCGCCGCUGUACCUCAUGGAGGAUUAUAUUGGAAAUUCAGUGGUGGUGAACAGAACCUCCCGGCGGAAAAGGUACGCAGAGCAUAAGAGCCACCGAGGGGAAUAUUCCGUUUGUGACAGUGAAAGUUUAUGGGUCACGGACAAAUCGUCUGCCAUCGACAUUAGAGGACACCAGGUAACUGUGCUGGGAGAAAUUAAAACAGGCAACUCUCCAGUUAAGCAAUACUUUUAUGAAACAAGGUGUAAAGAAGCCAAGCCUGUAAAAAAUGGCUGUCGUGGCAUUGAUGACAAGCACUGGAACUCCCAAUGCAAGACAUCCCAAACUUACGUUAGAGCACUGACUUCAGAAAACAAUAAACUGGUAGGCUGGAGAUGGAUAAGAAUAGACACCUCCUGCGUGUGCGCGUUAUCAAGGAAAAUAGGAAGAACAUAAAUCUGCAUCUCUUUGCUAUAUAAAUUAUUACUUUAAAUUAUAUGAUAUGCAUGUAGCAUAUAAAUGUUUAUAUUGUUUUAUAUAUUAUAAGUUGACCUUAUUUAUUAAACUUCAGCAAAUCUACAGUAUAUAAGCUUUCUCGCUCAAUAAACAAGAGCAAAGGGUGUGUGCCUCUGCUAUGGGCAACUCCGGGUUUUUUUUAGACUAUGUUUGUGACACUGCUUGUCAGCAGCAUACCGUAACCU